CCCAAGAGCUCACAGACGCUCGUCAGGUGGCUCAGGCCUCAGUGUGGUUCCCCCGCCGGGCUCUGGGAGGUUCUGGGGGUCGGGACCAGCCUCAGGCUCCGGUCCAGAGCGGGGGUGCAGCGACACGUGUGGGCCGAGCGUGAUCCGAGCCGCUGGGUUAUUUUGGGGGUCAGCUGUUGUGGGUGUCAGACGGAGCUCCUCCUCCUCGUCUUCACUCCGACGCUGCCUCUCUGCUGGUGCUGGUGCUGGUUCUGGUGCUGCACACUGAGGAUGGAGAUGUCUGUGAAAGCCGCCAGCGUUGCGCCGCCUCCUCAGCCCGACGUGACCUCGUCCCCGUCGGACGCCGCAGGAGCCGCCGGCGCUCGGCGCCGCUCCUCCGACGCCAUCGACCCCAUGGAGGAGUUCAGCCGGCGACUGGAGGAGAUCGUCAGGACUUACGGCUCUGCCGCAACGCUCCUGGACAAACAGGCUGAGGAGCCAGAUGUGGACAAGAUGAAGGAGGAGGCGAAGGAGGGGAGCACGGUUACCAUGGAGACCGAGGUUUCUCUCAUCAUGCAGAGCCUGAAUGUCAGCUCCUCCCCAGAGGAGAAACUGGGAGAACUGGUCCGAAAACAUGCUGAACUGGCAGCUCUGCGGCGCCGCCAUGAGGCCCAGCUCAGUGCGGUGCAUCAGGAGCGGCAGCAGCUCCGGGCCGAGCGCAGCAGCAGCGUUGCGGCCCGCGGCCAGCUGGAGGCGCUGUGCAGGGAGCUGCAGGGACACUACCGCACGCUGAGGGAGGAGGCUCUGCAGCGCUGCAGGGAGGAUGAGGAGAAGCGCAGCGAGAUGACCGACCACUUCCAGACGGUGCUGACCGAGAUCCAGGCUCAGAUCGAGCUGCACAGCGCCCGCAACGACAAGCUGUGCCGCGAAAACGCCAACCUGACCGACAAGCUGGAGAGCCUGAUGAGCCAGUGCGAGCAGAGGGAGGCGAGUCUGGACAAGAUCGACCAGCACCGCGAGCUGCAGAGCAAGCUGAGCGAGGCCCGGCUGCAGCAGGCCAACGCUCUGCUGGCCGAGGCCGAGGAGAAGCACCGCAGGGAGAAGGAAUACUUACUGGUUCAGGCCGCUGAGUGGAAGCUGCAGGCUCAGACACUCAGAGAGCAGGGGACUGUGAUGCAGGCUCAGCUCACCCUCUACGCACAGAAGUUUGACGAGUUUCAGGGAACGUUGGCCAAGAGCAACGAAAUCUACGUGCGCUUCAAGAACGAGAUGGAGAAGAUGUCAGAGAAGAUGAAGAAAAUGGAGAAAGAGUCGAAUCUGUGGAAGACGAGGUUCGAGAACUGCAACAAGGCUCUGACCGACAUGAUCGAAGAGAGAACGGAGAAGAGCAAAGAGUACGACUUGUUCGUGCUGAAGAUCCAGAAGCUGGAGCGUCUUUGUCGGGCUUUACAGGACGAGAGGAAGGUUCUCUACGAUAAGAUCAGAGACGUCCGUCAGGCCAACGCCAGCCUGCCCUCCAAGGUGUCCAGCUCCGAGCCGCUGACUCCACUGGAGAUCCAGGAGAUCCAGGACGAGGACCCGGUUCUGACCGAGGACAUGGCUCGUCUGAAGGAGGAGCAGGCCAAGCUGCAGCAGUUUGCAGAUUCCUUGUUGGCUCCGGCUGCUGAGGACAAAGAAGACGAGGACAGUAAAGACGCCGACCUCGAAGAUUUAGUAGCUUCUGCUUUUGUUCAGUUCAAAACCAAACCUCAAACCAAAGAGCAGGUUGAAGCAGAAACUGGUCCACGGCCAGAUGAAGCUCAGGAGACGUCGGGUUCUGAAGCACCACCAACCGGGCCGAACCCAGAAGGAUCUCGACCAGCUGAGAUCCAGGAGGAACAAGUCAAACCUGGAGAUGAGAUCCAGCAGCCAGAACCGGCACCAGAGAGUGACAGCGUGGGCUCAGAUACACAGUCACAGCUGGAAGCCGCGGAGCCGAAGGUUCUGGAGGACAGUGAGGAGGUGGAUCCAGUGGAACCAGAGGAAGACGAGACCGGGCCGGAGGUAGUGGGAGAAGCAACAACUCAUCAACCAUCGGCAUCAUCCUUGAAGCAGGUGCCAAAGAAAAAGAAAAAGAGGCUCAACAAGAACGAGAGCUAAGCCUCAGUGUGCGUGUGUGUGUGUGUGUGUGUGUGUGUGUGUGUGUGUGUGUGUGUGUGUGUGUGUGUGUGUGUGUGUGUGUGUGUGUGUGUGUGUGUGUGUGUGUGUGUUUUAUCCACUAACAUCACAGUGUCCACACACAUGGACACGAGGUGGAGCCAGAGGUGCUACAGAAGCAGAAAGAUGAGAUUUAUGCAAACAUGUAACGUGCUGAGUCAGCUGAUGUGGAAUAAAGAGAUCUCACAGC